AUGGCUGCCCCAAAGGCCGACGACCCGGACACGGGGUGUGCCAAGGCUGAGGCACUCAAGGAAGAGGGCAAUGCCGCCAUGCGCCGCGAGGACUUUGAGGGCGCCAUUGGCAAGUAUACCCAAGCCAUCGACCUCUGUGCCAAGCGCGAAUACUACACCAACCGCUCUCAUGCCUAUUUAAAGGAGGGCGAUGCAGAUGCCGCCCUCGCCGAUGCCCAGCACGCCCGCCUGCUUGACCCCCAGUUUUGGCGCGCUCACCAAAGGGUCGCCGCGGCCCUGGAACAGAAGCAACAGCUUCACCAGGCCCGCGAAGCCUACCUCAAGGCCUUGGAACUCAGGCCUGACUGCCGUGACCUCAAACUGUGUCUCAGCGCCGUUGAACGCCGUUGUGCUCAGGACGAUGCUGCUGCUGCCACUGCCACGCAUGCUUCCGCCGCCACAAACUCAAAUACUGGCUCCGGCUCCGGCUCCGGCACAACUGCUGACUCCGGUGCUGCCGCUGCCAACACCAACGCCACCGCCGGCUCGGGCCCAAUGACGUCAGAAAAAGCCGGAGCUAAUGGGGACACCGGUGCCAUCAAGCGCGCCGCCACCCCGACGCCACAGUCACCCAAAGCCGGGGGCUCGGGCAGCGCUCCCGCAACACCCUUUUCUGCCAGUGGCGAUGCAGGGGGCCCUGCCGCGCCCGCACCCAAGCGCGCGCGCAGCACCGCCCCGACCCCGGCCAAAGAUGGCCCCAGCCCCAGCUCAACUCCUGGCUCCUCAGACUCAAACGCGCGCAUCGCCAAUGACCUCAUUGCUGCGCUUGCCAAUGGCACCACACCUUCAUUUGGCAUCAUCCCAUUUGGUCCAGACGGCCAGCCAACCUCCAACUUUUCUCAGGACCAGCUGCAAAACCUUCUCAUGUCUUUGUUUCAGCAAGGCAGCCAGCCCAACGGUAGUCCAUCACCCACAGACCAGCACAGACGCAGCCACAAAGCACGCGAUGGCUCGGGCCGGAGUGAUCGUCAGCCCCCGCCUUGCCCGUCCCGGACAGACAGUUCCAAUCCAGAGGCCAUGAACUGGCAGCUACUCUUCUCUACCAUCAACCGCUGUCUUGCCGAAUUGCGCCAGGGCAAGGCGCGUCUUCAACAGCUUCAUCGCUCUCGCUCGCGCCAAAGCUCGCCGGCUGCUGCUGCCCGCUCUUCGAACAUCCGCCCGGCCCCCAUUUUUCCGCUUGACCCUUCCCUCACAUCGAUAAAGAGUGGCACUGGGCACGAGGAUGGCUCUGACAAUGGCGCACGGCGCAAGAGUGGUGCUGGUUCGAGCGCUUCCAAGGCGCGGCCCCACUCUAGUCUGCGCUCCGCUGAGGGCGCAGUCACAGCGCCGAGCUCAUCGGAUAGCGCGGCCACUCAUACCCGGGUGAGCUUGCCGUCUCUGUGCUGGGAUGAUAGUCACGUGCGCGCAGCUUGGGACUGCUGCGUGACCGCGCCGACCCCUCAUGCGCGGGCGCUGGACGAGCUCCGAUACCCUCUCCACCCCCACAUCGUCAGUGCGCUCCGGGGUGCACUUGCAGUGCGUGUCCUCUGUCCAGAGGCCCUGACCAACCUGCACCUCGGCGAUCGAACCAGUGAGGCUGUGCGGCUCCACCGCAACGGUCAGACCCAGGGUUCGACACAGUCUCUGGAAGACGCUUUGGCCGAGGCCGUGGCCAGCACGGCCGAGGCCCGUCUAGUUUCGAUCACCGCCGAGCGCCUUAGCGAGGUGUCCACGAGUUGUAGCGUCAGUCAACCCACGGCCUGGGCCUGCUUGCUCAACAAGCUGGCUGCUGACAAAAAGCCCACGGUUCUCUACUUCCGGGCAGCUCGUGAGGAGGACUCGCUGGAGUGGCUCGAGGCCGAUAAGCGCCUGCUCGAGCCCCUUUGCGCCUUCAUGCAGCUUCGUGACACUCGCACGCUGCUGUUGAUUGGCAGCUUUGGCUUUGCAGAGGCUGGGGGAUCGCAUCCCGAUAGCCAAGAGGAGUUUUUACAGUUGAUCAUGGGAUCUCAGCCCCCGCGCAACAUGAUUCGACCCCGACGCGGUCGCCAAGGUGGUAGCAGCUCUGCCACGGGCCUUCGUGGUGGUAACGGCGGUGGCGUCGGCGGUGGCGGCGCGACUGGUGGGAGCAGUGGUGGUGGGGCCGGGAUCUUGGGGGGCCCUGGCUCUAGCCAUCGCCCGCCCAAGAGCCGAGCCCAUGCUGCGCGCAGUGCUGGCACCGCGUCCAAUAGUGCUUCGUCAAGUCGGCGAGGUCCUCGAAGCCGAGCAGGUCGAGGAGGCGGCUCUGGUGCUAGCGGUAGCGUGUCUGACCUGUACUCUUCCACUCGCAGUGGCCGGCACCGUGCCAGCGACCUUUUCAUGCUGCCACCGGGCCUGGCAUUUGGCAACUAUGACGGCGACGAGGGCGACGAGGGUGACGGAGAUGAGCGAUCGACAGCCAAUCAGCGUGACAAGAGCCAAGCCCCUAGUGAGGAUCUACUUGAGUGGUGGCAGCAGGCCGCCGAAGCCGUUGUGCUGCAGCCUCCCGAGGACAUGCCUUCAAGCUCACUGUGGAACAAACUGCUCAAUGACGAUGCUCGACACGCGCGGGUGCUCGAAAACGUGAACCAACUGCGUACGGCGUGUCACAAUCUGGGUCUCACCGUGCCGUCCUGGCUCACGGCUCAAAAGCUUGAGCCAGAGGAGGAGAUUGAGCCCGCCACGAAGGGCAUGGGCACAACGCCCGCGGAAGCGACCCAAGAAGCAACCCAGGAAGCAACCCAGGAAGCAACCCAGGAAGCAACCCAGGAAGCAACCGAGGAAGCAACCGAGGGAAAAACAGCCGUACCGUCUCGCAUGGACAUUGGCCUACUGCACGACUUUUUGGGCAUGGCUCAGCUGGAAGCCUCAGAUGCUGAUCAGGUGCUCUUUGAUGCCAUCCGGCAGCAAGUGUAUGCAGCGCACGCAACCGCCUCUCAGGAUAC